AUGGAUCCUACUAACGACCCCAACUUCACACCGCCUUCAAAGAAUAGAGAGAUCGAGCCCACGGCUCCCUCUUCGAAGAUCCCGAAGAAUGCUCCGAUUCAACCGUUUGUAUUAGCAGAUUUAGGAGUGGCAGUAGAUGCUCCCCCGCCACACCCAUCACAUCAACUUCCUCCAAGCAGCGUUGCAUCGUCGGCAGGAGACAUUUAUAGAUCCAAGAUCCCUCGCAGACAUACUGAGCUUUCUAACUCCUCAUCAGAUGAAGAAAAGAUUGAAAAACCAAUACUUCCUCCAACUAUAAAGGUCCGAGCUUCCCAGAUCGCUGAUUUGGAAGAGGUGCCCCAUGGUAUUCAAAGACAGGCUAAAACUUUGGACAAAUAUGAAUUCCCUACUCAUAGACUUGCCACAUCUCUUUCAGAUGAUUCUAAGUAUCCCUUGGUUAUAGUUGCAUGUGGUUCCUUUUCUCCAAUUACAUAUCUCCAUUUGAGAAUGUUUGAGAUGGCUCUUGACGCCAUUUCUGAGCAGACAAGAUUUGAAGUGAUUGGAGGAUACUAUUCACCAGUCCUGUCCAACUAUAAGAAGCAGGGUUUGGCUCCUGCUCACCACAGAGUAAGGAUGUGUGAACUAGCUUGCGAGAGAACUUCAUCUUGGCUCAUGGUUGAUGCAUGGGAAUCCUUGCAAGAUAAAUAUACGAGGACUGCAUUAGUGUUGGAUCAUUUCAAUGAAGAAUUGAAUAUCAAAAGAAAGGGUAUCUUGACAUCACUGGGUGAGAGAAGAGGUAUCAAGAUCAUGUUACUCGCCGGUGGGGACUUGAUUGAAUCAAUGGGUGAACCAGACGUGUGGGCAGAUCAAGAUUUGCACCACAUCUUAGGAAAAUACGGAUGUCUCAUCGUUGAAAGAACAGGAGCUGAUGUUAGAAGCUUCUUAUUGUCUCAUGAUAUUAUGUACGAACAUAGUAGGAAUGUAUUGGUGAUUAAGCAGUUGAUAUACAACGACAUUUCCUCUACGAAGAUAAGGUUGUUCAUUAGAAGAGGAAUGAGCGUGCAGUACUUGUUACCCAAUUCGGUUAUCAGGUAUAUACAAGAGCAUAAAUUAUACAUAAAUGACACGGAGCCAGUGAAACAAGUUAUGAGUGAUAAGGCUGAUUAA